AUGAGUUUCGGGAUGUCAGAGAAGUCUCCCGGGAGGAGGCGGGCUAAAGCAGGGGUCCCAGUCACGAUGGAGGACCGGCACUCCAAACAGACCAUGGAGCAGCAGGAUUCGUCCAAGGAGAGAAGUUCCCGAAGUCCGGGAGGUGACAUCUGCCACCUGGGGGCCCUGCAGUGCACCCGCUGCCUCAUCACCUUCGCCGAUUCCAAGUUCCAGGAGCGCCACAUGAAGCGGGAGCACCCAGCGGACUUCGUGGCCCAGAAACUGCAGGGGGUCCUCUUCAUCUGCUUCACCUGCGCCCGAUCCUUCCCCUCCUCCAAGGCCCUGAUCACCCACCAGCGCAGCCACGGUCCAGUGGCCAGGCUCUCCCAGCCGGCAGCACCCACCACCACACCGCCCACCUUUCCCUGUCCCGACUGUGGCAAGACCUUUGGGCAGGCUGCUUCUCUGAGGCGGCAUCGCCAGGCACAUGAGGCCCGCACUCUUCCUGGCCCCUUUGCCUGCACAGAGUGUGGUCAGGACUUUGCCCAGGAAGCAGGGCUGCACCAACACUACAUCCGGCAUGCGCGGGGGGAGCUCUGA